ACCGGCGCGAUCGGAUGAUGUCAAUUGGAAUGGAUCUGUCAGCGCUGCAGCACGUAAUGCAUUGUUUGAAUCUGGGGGAACACCGCGGAAAAAAAAAGUUUUCUGGGUCUAAUCCAUGUCAACGCGAGUCUUUUUUUUUUUUUCUGUGUCAUUUCGUGUUUCUUUCCACGUCGCUGUUUAUUCUACCUCGCCCUUUUAUGCUUCAUUCUUGGGUUUUCUCCUUUGGUUUUUGGGGGUUUUCACAUUGGUUGCAAACGAUAGCCGAUAGCCUGAUUUGGUCGCAAAGGCAUUGUUUAUUCUUUUGCGCAUGCGAAUAAAUAAUUGGACCGUGUAACCAUGACGCAAAAGGUUCUUCCGGUCCUUAACAGGGCUGAGGAGGUUGCUACACUCAUUGAUGCUGUCAAGUCGCUGAUAGUACCAUUCAUCAGGGCCGCCGAUGAAGCUGCCGUGUUGAAGGUCGAUGGCGGAGCCGCCUUGGCUGCCGCGGGCUCUGCGCGAAACUCGCUAGUGGAGCCACUUGAGCCCAACGACCUCGUAUCACGCCUUGCGUUCUCACUUCCGGAGAAGGAGGGGCACGGAAGGGAGGGUCUUUUGGAAAUAAUCCAUCAGAUCCUGACGUACAGCGUCAACACUUGGGAUCAGGGCUUCCUGGACAAGCUGUAUGCCAGCACCAAUGCAGUUGGCGUGGUCUCUGAACUGCUCCUGUCAGUUCUCAACACCAAUCUCCAUGUAUUCCAAGUGUCACCGGCGCUUACCAUCAUCGAAAAAACCACGGCGCGUACGUUUGCCGCGCUCUUUGGGUUCACCGGACCCAACGCCGGAGGUGUUACAAUCUCUGGCGGGAGCGCUUCAAACAUGACUUCAAUCAUCAUUGCACGGAACACGCUGUUCCCGGACAGCAAGGUUCAGGGCAACGGCGACCACCGCUUUGUGCUGUUUACGAGCGCACACGGCCACUAUUCGGUCGAGAAGGCAGCCCAGGCGUGUGGGAUGGGAUCGUCAAACGUCGCGGCCGUCGCCGUGGACAAGCAAGGGCGUAUGAUACCCUCGGCACUGCGCGAGGAGAUCAUCAAGGCCAAGUCAGAGGGUAAGACUCCAUUGUACGUCAACGCCACCGCCGGAACCACCGUCCUAGGAUCCUUUGACCUGUUCGAGGAGAUCUCGGCCAUCUGUAAGGAGUUUGGCCUGUGGAUGCACGUCGACGGCAGCUGGGGCGGGUCUGUGGUCUUUUCAGCCCAGCAGAGGCGGGACAAACUUGCCGGCGUGCACCUCGCCGACUCCAUCACCGUCAACCCGCACAAGAUGCUCAACGUGCCCGUCACCUGCUCGUUCCUCCUCGGACCCGACAUGCGGGUGUUCCACCGGGCAAACACGCUCCCCGCGGGCUACCUCUUCCACAACGGCGGCUGCGGUGACGGAGAAGACCCGGACAAGCCGACCGAGUUUUGGGACCUCGCCGACCUGACGCUGCAGUGCGGACGCAGGGGCGACAGCCUCAAGCUGGCACUGUCGUGGAUAUAUCACGGCGCCGCGGGGCUUGAGCGCCAGGUCGACGGGGCGUUCGAGGUGGCGACGCACCUGGCCACGCUGGUCGAGCGCCACCCGGACCUGGAGCUGCUUUCGUCCAACCCGCCGCCGUGCCUGCAGGUGUGUUUCUACUACACUCCGGGAGGCGUCGGUGCGGCCGCGGUCGGCGCUGCUGAGAACACGCGGCGGACCAGGGCGAUGGCGAAACUGUUGAUCAUCAGAGGAUUCAUGGUCGAUUACGCUCCUGGAGAGCACGGCAGCUUCUUCAGGGUUGUGGUCAACUGUCAGACGUUGAAGGGGACCGUGGAGGGGCUGGUCAGGGGCAUCGAGGCCGUUGGCCAGGAGGUGGUAGCCUAGGCAGCCGGGGACCUUUUAGCCAUGACCUUUUCGGAAUGCUGAUUGGUACAUUGAAAGGGCGGGAAUCCAAGGGAUAUAUAUUGAAUGAAGACGGUCGGCCAACGGUAUUGUUUCUUUUGCGAUACUGGCGUUGACUUGCAAGUUAUAGAUCGAUCAUGUUUGGGUUUCCGACAUGCAAAAAGAAACAAACAAGUGCACAGAGAAAGAAACGUUUGCGGCACAUGAACCAAA